AUGGCGGCGGCCCAGGAUGUCUUGGGACCACCCCCGGUGAUGGAUUCCUUCUUCGACGACCACAUAGCCGAUUAUGGACCACACCCGCCGGAGUGGGUCGGGCUGUCACCCGACCAUGAGUUGGAGCCCGUAGAUUUGACCACCACUCGGCAUGUGGUACUAGGUCGUCGCGAAGACUUCCCUGGCCACCUGGCGGCUGAUACAUAUGCCUUCGAUCCCAUCCCCAGGGCGGACCUUGAAAGACUCCGCCGCAGAGCCAACACAAUGGCCAUGGUCCUGGGAGACCAAGUCAUUGCCGAUGUGGCCGCCCGUGUCUGGGUCUUUUCAGAUGCAGACUCUGACAGACUUGGUAACAGGGUGGCCGACGACCAGUUGAGCAAUGCUGUGACCAUUGGAGCACGAGGUCUGGUGGAUGUGGGGGACAAGGUUGAGGCCAUUGAAGAGAUAGAUGAAAGCGCAGUGUCUGGCUACAAAGACUCCAAGCGAGCUGGGCAUGGAGAUUUGCGCACCAUAGGACACCAUGAGGACAGCCAGAAGCGCAGAUACAUCCCCUUUGCCGACGCAGUUGCACUCUUCCGGGACACCAAAUUCACUGACUGGGGCUUCAGUGGUCCUAGAGCAGCAAAGGAAUUCCUGAAUGCAAUCAAUGAGGGGGCUGCAGCUGACCUGACUGGCUACCAUCUGCAAUGGUUGAAGCAUAGUGGCGUGAAUACUCACACUGCAGCUGCACAUGAGCACAAGAACUUGAUAGAGAUGCUGAGAUUGGCAAUAUGCAGGGACCAGUUGGAUGUCACAAACAUCAUGGCUUUCGAGUUGGUGGUUAGGCGGCUUGUACAAAUAGAGUUGGCAGUCGCAAGGUCUCCCAGCAGUCCGGACUAUCAAAACCUUGACAUCCUCAUGGAAUCCACCAUCACAGAUGGCGGUUCAGCAGCCACCAAGCAGUUGGACAAUUGGCUCACCGAAAGACUCAAGGAGAGAGCCAACAUCCAGAAACAAUCCAGGCUGGCAAGGGAAGAAGCGUCACAUGCCUCCAGAGGCAGCAAGGACAAGGGUGAGGAGGGCAAGGGAUGGAAGAAGAAAAAGAAGAGCUCUAAUGCCGCCGGCGGACAGGUGGACCAUUCGGGCGGCCAGCACAUCGCCAAGUACAGAACGCACGGCGAUCCCUUUCCAUUGCCACCAGCCUGGGUUGAACGUGGGUUGGAUGACUCUGGAAUUGUUUUCCCUCAGCGGGGACGUUGGGCAGCGCACGCGCUGAACUGCCUCGCUUUGCAAGAUCCGAAUUCAGAUUUUGAUCAUCUUUUGAGCGGGCUGGAACCAAACUCCACGCAGAAGCUUGUGGCCUCUCACAUACAGGAAUCCCUGCACUUGGCAGGUGAACCCCCCGGAGGCCUUGACGGUGCAUCUGCACUGAAUGAGCCCUGUUCCAGCAAAGACCUCUACCAGGAGGAGCCAAAGAAUCUCGCUGCCUAUGACUUCAAAAAGGUGAAAGUGCUCCACUCCAAGCUUUACCCCAAAAGUCUGGAAUCGGUCCUGCCGCAGCACGCAGCCUCGCUUGUGAAAAGAGCAGCUACAAUGAUUGAAAAGUCAGCCAAGCAAGUCGCUGAAGACGGGCCUUGCCGGAUCAAACCCUACUGGGAUCCUGCUCUGAGGCGCUCCCCAAAGGCGCUGAAGAAGUUGAUGGUGACAUUGGCGAACCAAGGGCUCAUCACAUUUCGAACCAAGGUCAAAGAGAAGAUUGGCAUCUUUUUUGUGAAAAAGAAGACGCCCAAGUGGAUCAGGAUGGUGAUUGACGCAAGGCGUGUCAACGCUAUGCACCAAUCACCACCUUGCACUCGGCUUGCAACACCCAGGUCCUAUUUGGACCUGCAGCUUCAGGAGGGACAAGGUGGAGAACCUGCUGCCUAUGGGAUUGAAGCGGAUGUCAAUGACUGCUUCUACAACUUUUUCUCUGAAACAGUGGCAUCAUGGUUUGGCAUUGAUUGUCCUCUCACAGUAGCAGAAUGGGAACAGUUUCUCAUAUUGUUGCUGGGAGGAUCCCCCGGCCUCUGCAUGAGAUUCGAGACCGACAAGCUGGUAGAAAAGGCAUUCCAUGAUUUGAAUAUUCCACUGACCUGGUCGUCUAAUGAUCCUUCUCCUGUUUUUGAAACUGUUGGCAUUUGCUUGGAUUUCAAACAGUGCAUUGCAUACAACAAGUCAAGACGGCUGUGGAGGGCGUUCUUGGCUGGGCGUGAACUGCUGCGACGCAACGUCGUAUCAGUGAAAUUGUUGGAAAUCUGGCUAGGGCACAUGACAUCCAUUUUCAUGCUGGCUCCCCAUGGAUUAUCAUGCUUUUUUCACAUUUACAAAUUUGUGACCCUGCAUCGCGGAAAGCGAGCGAAGAUGUGGAAGACCGUCAGAGCCGAAAUCAGAUUGGCUUUGGGGGUCAUGUGGUUGACUCGCACCAGCAUCAAAUUCAAUCCUAUCCACCAACUUGAUGCGGGCGACUCAUCUUCCAAUGCCUUUGCCCUGCUGACCACUUGGGCAACCACGGCCGAGCUCAAAGACACAUGCAAAUGGAGAGAGGCAUGGCGGUUUCGACCUUUUCCGGAAUCCCUGAUAGAUGCUGCUGACAACGGUCGGGAAGAAGUGCUGAGAGUGCUGCGAACCCUGUGCCCAGAGGUUCCAGGGGAGGCAGUGCCUGACAAUGAGCUCAAACCUGCGGCGCCUUUUGGUGCUGGGCUUCUUGGCCAAUAUGCCGACUGGAUUGUCCACAGCAAGGAUCCCACUAGCUGGCUGCGAACCAGCGCAGUCCGCAGCCAGUUGCGGGCAACUCGACAAAAGAGGGUAGAGGUGGAUGUUCCUGCGCUGGUUCGUCCUAUCGACCCAAGACUGGUGCAAAUGGCGUACGGCCAGAGUAGGCAGUUUGCACGGGCGGUUAAAAGUGAAAUGCGGAAGCCUGUUGCCAAAGACGUCAUGGAGGCUGUCCCUCGUCUUGACUGUGCGGGGGGUGAAGCCGGGGCCCAGUGCCCGACAAGCGACAGA